UACUGAUAUUUUCGAUAGGAUCAAAACUGUCCAUUGAUUGAUUUCGACCACACCAGCGUUUGAACUCCUUUUCAAACAACGUGUAAUUAAACCAUCAUAUUUCCAUCCUAUAUAAAUCUUGAUCGAUCCUCUCAAAUUAAUCAAAACAAACCCUCACUUUGAUCACCCUUCACAUAAUGGACAGGAGAAGAUGCAAAUGCCAGCGGUGCGGCAUGAAUAUGGCAGCUCCCAUCGGAGCACAAACAAUUAGCUGUCCAAGAUGUCAAUCUGUUACACAACUCCAACCUGCAAGAAACAAUGGCUUUGCUAAUUUCCCCCCUGCCAACAACAAUAUGCGCCCCGGACUUCCAGCUUAUCCUGCAAGGGCAAGAAGAUUGAGUCCAAAUGCUAAUAAUAAUUUCCAGCCCCAACAAUUCAACCGCCCUAUGUCACCGCAGAUUAAUAAUAUCCGAGCUCCUGCGGUACAUGGACGAAAACGAGCAGUUCUGUGCGGAAUUAAUUACCGUGGCCAUCCAAAGAGUCUUAAGGGAAGCAUUAAUGAUGUUCUAUCCAUGAGAUAUUUUCUGGUUGAGAAGUUGGGGUUCCCAAAUGCAUCAGUAAUUGUCCUUACAGAGGAUGAGAAAGAUCCAUACAAAUACCCAACCAAGGCCAAUAUCAGAUCAGCCUUACGUUGGCUUGUUCAUGGUUGUCGACCAGGAGAUUCACUAGUGUUCCACUACUCUGGUCACGGGGCACGAGUACGAGACCGCGAUGGUGAUGAGAUUGAUGGGCAUGAUGAAUCAUUAUGCCCUGUUGAUUAUGAGACAGAAGGAAGGAUACUAGAUGAUGAGAUCAAUAGUACCAUUGUAAGGCCUUUACCCCCAGGAGCCAGACUUCAUGGCAUAAUUGAUGCAUGCUACAGUGGAACUUUCCUAGAUUUGGCCUUUGUCUGCAGAAUAAAAAACAGGGCAGGAUACUCUGAGUGGGAAGACCACCGGAUCGGCUCUUACAAAGGUACCAGCGGCGGAACAGCUUUCUCUAUCAGUGCCUGUGACGACCAUCAAAGUUCUGGAGAUACAACGGCAUUCACAGGCAUUCCAAUGGGUGCCCUGACUUAUAGUUUCAUCCAAACGUUGGAGCAAGAGACUAAAUUGACUUAUGGAAGGUUAAUUAUGAGUAUGCAUAAUAAGAUUCGUGAAGCACAGAAAGGACUAGGCCUUAAUGGUGCAAAUGAAACUCAGGAGCCUCAAUUAUCCUCGUCUGAGCCGUUUGAUAUACACGCCAAGGUGGUGGCUAUAUAGGAACUUAACAACUCCAUCUUGAAUACGGCUUCCCUCCCCAUCACGAGUAGAUUUACUCGUAGUAUUGUUCUGGUGUGAAUCCUAAUCGUAUAUUUUUGUUAUGUUUACUUAAUCAAUAUCGCUGAAAAACUUCCAGAUGGAAAUUUGCUCGGUCAGCUUGUCUACAGCUACAUAUUGUCACAUCCUUUAUGUCGUGAAUUUGCAGCAGAGCUUGUUAUUUCGAACAGGGCAUGGAAGAUAAUUGAACCACAUGAACAAUAGGAAAUUAAAAGAAGCACUCUUUUACAUGAAGGCUUGAAAUCACCACAUGCCUGUUGUUAUCCUAUAAAGAAUUUUCGACAUAACUUAAGUAUCAAGGGAUGUUUCUAUAUUGAUAUAUCACAAAAUGGAGUACUCGAAUAAUAAAACUUCAAAAUAUUAGAAAACUAGAAGAGAAGUCAAUGUAAUCUGCAGGAAAGAACAUUUGAGGCCUGAUAUUAAGUAAACUACUCUUCUCAAUUUACUGUAACUUGGAACACUUUAUAAAUACUACGGUUUUACAUGGACCGAGUUGGUUCG